AUGACCGUCCAGUCGCCGCGAGAGAUUUUCCGCUACAACCUGCGCACCUUCCAGCAUCACUAUGUCUCUGAAAUCUCCGGCUCGCUGGGCGACCUGGGGACCUUUCUCCCCAUCGCCAUUGCGCUGGCCGCCAACGGGACGGUGUCGCUGGCGAGCACGCUGAUCUUCUCGGGCAUGUACAACAUUCUGACCGGUCUGUUCUUUGGAAUCCCGCUGCCGGUUCAGCCGAUGAAGGCCAUCGCCGCCGUGGCCAUCGCCCGCAGUUUCUCGAGUGGCUCCAUCGCCGCGGCAGGCAUCUUUGUCGGCGCGUGUAUCUUCUUCUUCAGCGUGACGGGGCUGCUGCGCUGGUUCUCCAACGUGAUUCCCAUCCCAGUCAUCAAGGGCAUUCAAGUUGGCGCGGGCCUGUCGCUCAUCAUCUCGGCCUGCGGUGCCAUGCUUCACCCACUUGGGUGGACUAGUCCAUCCUGGGCUGAUAAUCGCAUUUGGGCAAUCGUGGCGUUUGUGGCGCUGGUGGUCACCAAUGUCUAUCGUCGGGUCCCAUACGCACUGAUUGUCCUGGCUAUCGGUUUGAUCUUUGCCAUCAUUCGGACCGCACUCGCGAUGCAUCUUCCCCGGUUCCAGUUUUGGCACCCAUGGGUGACCCUCCCAAGCCCCCAUCAAUGGCGGGUCGGAGCCAUCGAUGCCGGGGUUGGGCAGAUCCCUCUGACGACGCUCAACUCGAUCGUGGCUGUCGUACAUCUGGCACACGACUUGGUCCCCAAUGUCCGAACCCCGUCAAUCACUCAUAUUGGCCUCAGCGUCGCGGGCAUGAACCUUCUCGGCUGCUGGUUCGGUGCCAUGCCGGUCUGCCAUGGAUCUGGCGGCCUCGCAGCGCAGUACCACUUCGGAGCACGCUCCGGUGCGAGUGUGAUAUUCCUCGGGGUACUGAAGCUGAUCAUCGGUCUUCUCUUCGGAGAGACCCUGGUGGAUUUCCUCAAAUGCUUUCCGGCGGCUUUUCUAGGGGUGAUGGUGGUGGCAGCAGGCCUAGAGUUGGUCAUGGUGGGCGAAAGCCUGAACACAUCUGGUGCUCGCGAUCUGGGCGAAGCGAGAGGCGGAGUCUUAGGUCAUGCCCAACAGCAUCUUGGUCCGAUGCUGACGGACGAUGAGCGUAAGCGUCGUUGGACGGUGAUGAUGGUCACUGUCGGUGUUCUCGUCGGUUUCAAAAACGACGCCGUCGGCUUUCUGGCGGGGAUGCUGGCCAAUUGGGCGUAUGAUAUUCCCCUGUGGUGGGAAAAGGGCCGCAGCUACUGGUCUGAGGGACGUCUCCGCCUGAACUAG